UCCGCAGCCUCAGCCCUGGGACGGCGACCCCAGCGUCCGAGAGCCCAGAUGCCGGCCCACUUGCUGCAGGAGGAGAUCUCCAGCUCCUACACGACCGCCACCACCAUCACAGAGCCUCACUCCAGGAUCCUGCAGAAUGGGGAGGGCAAGCUGGACAAGAGCCUCCUACAGGCGGAAGAAGACAUCCGCCCCGAGAUGAAAGAUGACAUUUACGACCCCAGCUACCAAGACGAGAAGGGCCCGAGGCCCCAGGUCGUGUAUGUUUGGAGGAACAUCAUCCUUAUGUUUCUGCUACACUUGGGAGCCCUGUAUGGCAUCGUCUUGGUCCCCACGUGCAAGGUCUACACCUGGCUCUUUGCGUUUCUCUAUUACCUAAUCAGUGCCCUGGGCAUAACAGCAGGAGCCCAUCGCCUGUGGAGUCACCGGAGCUACAAAGCUCGGCUGCCCCUGCGGCUCUUCCUGAUCAUCGCCAACACAAUGGCUUUCCAGAAUGAUGCUUACGAAUGGGCCCGAGAUCACCGUGUUCACCACAAGUUUUCAGAAACAGAUGCUGAUCCUCACAACGCCCGACGUGGCUUUUUCUUCUCUCACGUGGGUUGGCUGCUUGUGCGCAAACACCCAGCUGUCAAAGAGAAGGGUAGCUUGCUAGACUUGUCUGACCUAAAAGCCGAGAAGCUGCUGAUGUUCCAGAGGAGGUAUUACAAGCCCGCCGUCCUGCUGAUGUGCUUCAUCCUGCCCACGUUUGUGCCCUGGUAUUUCUGGGGUGAAACUUUUAAACACAGCUUGUACGUCGCCACGUUCUUGCGGUAUGCCAUUGUGCUCAACGCCACCUGGCUGGUGAAUAGCGUCGCCCACCUCUAUGGAUAUCGCCCUUACGACAAGAACAUUAACCCCCGGGAGAACAUCCUGGUCUCGCUGGGAGCUGUGGGUGAGGGCUUCCACAACUACCAUCACUCCUUUCCCUAUGACUACUCCACCAGUGAGUACCGCUGGCACAUCAACUUAACCACGUUCUUUAUCGAUUGCAUGGCUGCCCUCGGCCUGGCUUAUGACCGGAAGAAAGUGUCCAAGGCGGCCGUCCUGGCCAAGAUUAAAAGAACUGGAGAUGGAAGCUACAAGAGUGGCUGAGUUUGGGGUCCCUUGGUUUCCUUUCCCAAAAGCCAGCAAGGCAGAGUUUUAAUGUUCUGUUUAUUAACUACUGAAUAAUGCUACCAGGAUGCUAAAGAUGAUGAUGUUAACCCAUUCCAGUACAGUAUUCUUUUAAAAUUCAAAAGUAUUGAAAGCCAACAACUCUGCCUUCAUGAUGCUGAGUUCUUCUCUUCUCUGUCUUCUAGACCCAUCGCCCUUUUCUUUGCUUUGGUCCUGUCACCUUCCUUUCUCUUCUCCCCGUAGCCUCCCAGACAAGCAGCUGGUAAGGCAUUGUUGGGUGUCCAGCUUCUGGAGUCUAGGCAGCCUUUCUAUCCGAAACUAGUGGUUCUGCCCCAGGUAACUCUUUCCUUGAACUGUUCUGAGCUUCAAGGUAGGUGGCUCAAGCUAGAGAUUUGGCAAAACCUUCUGGGAAGACUCCUAUUAAUGAUCUUCAUGUCAGGCUUUUGCUAGAUGGAAUGGAAAAGCAACUUUAUGUGGCACAAAGCUUCUAAAGCAGGUAAAUUGUCAGGGGAGAGAGUCAGCAUGCACGGCAUGAUUGAUGAGUAAGGAUGGGGUGAGGUGGGAAACAAAGCAAGAAGCUCCUGAUGUGAGCAAACAUAUAGCUGCCUGCCUAGUGAGGACAUGGAGCCCCCACACAGCGUGCUUCCUUUCUCUCCUGACUCCGAGUAGGGAAUGGCCGUGGAGCUUGGCAAUGCUAGAACACAAAAGCAAAUCUUAGGUCCCAAGGGACUGUAGGCUGAGGAUAGAGAAGAAGCAUUUAGUUUGUAGUACAAGUGGUCUUUGAUGGAGAUUUAUUUUUUCUUUAAUAACAGAAAGAUUUAUUUCAUAUAUCAGGAAGUCUUGAGGUUGGUUGUUUCCAGAAUUGGUGAAUCCAAUCGCUCAUGGAAUCAUCAAAAUUCUUUCACCUUUCUGCUCUGCCAUCUGACCCUUGGGAUAUGGGUCAGCUCCACUCAUAGUAAUAAGGUGGCUGCAGCAUUUCAGACAUCCAAAAAAGGAAUGCAUUGGUGGUAUCACGGUGAGCAUUCCAAAAAAGGAAGGAUUUUAGGAGGUAGGUCAAACAAAUAUAUAUAUAUAUAUACAGAUAUACUUUGCUUAGAAUAUGAAAUAAUUCACUCAGAGUAUUUUCCUCUGAAAGAGGAAUGCUUGAAGAAGAGGAAGAGUUAGGUGGGUUGUCUACUUUGCCCCCACUAUUGGACAGGGGAUAGA